AUGGCUUCUGCAAAACAACGAGGAAAUACAGGAGUCUUACUUGCAGAGGAACGUGGAUUUGCUAUAGUGUUUCUUGUACGAGGAAGCUCUGGCAGGAAGUAUGCCUUGAAGAGGAUGUAUGUAAAUGAAGAACAUGACUUACAAAUAUGUCAACGUGAGAUUAAAAUUAUGUCAUCUUUAAAUGGUCAUAAGAAUAUAAUUCCUUAUGUUGAUUCAAGCAUUACAAGAUCUAGCACUGAUGUCUAUGAAGUAUUAAUAUUGAUGGAGUACUGUAGAACUAGUGUAAUACAGUUAAUGAAUGAACGAAUAAAUAUUGGUUUUACUGAAGGUGAAGUAUUGCGUAUAUUUUGUGAUGUCUGUGAAGCAGUAUCUAGAUUACAUCAUUGUCAAACUCCUAUUGUACACAGAGACUUAAAGAUUGAAAAUAUUUUACUGCAUCCAGAAUCUAGUUGUUACAUGUUGUGUGAUUUUGGAAGUGCUACCCCUAAGGUACUUAAUCCGUUAGUACAAGGAGCUUCUAAAUGUAAAGAAGAAAUAGAAAAAUAUACCACAUUAUCUUAUCGUUCACCAGAAAUGAUUGAUUUGUAUAACGAUAAACAGAUAUCAACAAAAGCUGAUAUUUGGGCACUUGGAUGUAUGCUUUAUAAAUUGUGUUUUUUUACAUUACCAUUUGGUGAGAGUGCAUUGGCUAUACAGAGUGGCAACUUUACUAUUCCAGAUGAUACAAAAUACUCUAAAGAAAUGCACCAACUAAUAGCUUAUAUGUUAGAAGUUGAUCCCGACAUCAGACCUGAUAUUUUUCAGGUAUCUUACAUUUCAUUCAAGAUGGUACGAAAAGAAACUCCAAUACCCAAUUUACAUAAUUCUCCAUCACCUAUUUUGGACAAACUACCAGAAGCAUUGACAGAGUCUGAAUUCCGACAUCAGCAGCAAAAACAAAGAGAAAAAGCCAGAGCCUCAAUAACAGCUGUUGAUACUAGUACGUCAGUUACUCCCAGACAAAGACCCAAAGUUGGUCAGGUAAAUGUGACUCCGAAAAGCACAAAGACAAUACAUCCGCCUACUACUACAACAGUUACACCAGUCAAUAGGCCUAAACCAGUGGCCAAUCAUACAAAAGUGACUCCAGUCCCAGAAAAACAACUGCAGCAACAAGCUUUGAUGCAGCAACAUCAGGCUUUGUAUAAGCAACAACAACAAUUGCAACAACAGCAGUUACAGCAACAGCAACAAAAACAGCAACAGCAGCAGCAGUUACGACAACAGCAGCAAGCUAUAUAUCAGCAGCAACAGCAACAACAUUUUAUGCAACAGCAGUAUCAACAACAACAGCAGCAGCAGUACCUGCAGCAGCAACAAUACCUUCAACAGCAACAGUACUUGCAGCAGCAACAACAAUAUAUGCAACAAAUGCAAUACCAUCAACAACAACAAGAGCAAUUCAAAACGCCAAUGUCCACUAAGCAGUAUGCGAUGAUGGUGCAGCAGCAGCAACUUCAGCCACAGUCGCAGCAACAAACCUUGCUAGCCAUGACACAACAUCAAUCAAGGCAAAAUCCACCAACAGAUACAUUGGUGUCUGUCACUCCACCAGAAUCACCAAGAAUGCAACAACACAGAAACCAAGUCAAUGCAGCAGCAGCUUCACAACAGAACGUAGCAGUGCAACGCUCUAGUGAUUGUUUCCUGACAGCUGGUGUGAAGUCCUCUAGUUCAACUCCUGGCCAGUCACCUAUAGCUAGUCCGCAACUGCCUGUGUCUGAUAUGUCCCAGUGGAAUCCAUUUGGCGAUAAAGAUAAUUUCAGUGCAAUGUCAGAAGAUCAUUUUGUUGAUAUGGAGUUUGACGCACUCCGGAAACCACAAAAAAGUGAUGUUGGUUGUAUUCAAUCCAAUGAGAUUAGUGAUACUGACAGCAGUUCUUCAAUGAAAUCUAAUACCAGACCCAGAAGUGCAAGUACUGGUUCCAAACCUAACAUCAAAGCAACUGUUGUCAACUCAAGUGAGGAUUUAUUUGGAGCAGCACCAUUUGUUGAAUUACACCAAGAUACAUACCAUUCUGACUUUGGAUCUGGAUCUGGACCGGAUGAAUUUGGAUUAACUCCAUUUGUUCUUGAUACCCCAAAAGAACAACCUUCUGUCCCGGGUGCAAGAAGUGAUCAACCAUCUGCAUUUACACGAGUUAGUGGAAGAUCCCAAUUAGCUGUAGAUGAGUUUGGAAACAAGGAUCCUGAAGCUGUCGGAAGUGAACAGUUUUCAUACCUUGGUUUUGAUGAUGAAACUCUGGAUGUGAAAAGACGUGUACGUUAUAUGAUGAGCGAUAAUCAACAGCAAUAUGUAAAUGAGGGUGAGGAGUCUGAUUUUAGUGAAGAUGGACGAAGUAGUGCUUCUGAUAUAGAAAAAGAAUUUCAUCCUUUAGAGGAUGAUGUUGAAGAAUUGUUAUCAUCCAGUGUUUCUCAGGAUGGUUUCACUCCUGCUGGACAUCACAAAUCUACUAGUGAUGAUGAUCCAUUCAAACAUGCGCCAUUCCAUCUAAAGAAACCACAGCAUGGUAUAACUGCAAAUAAUGAAUCGGCCACCAGUUGUACCUUAACUCCUCCUAUGUCUCCACCACUGAAUAAGGAUGGUGAUGUGGAUGUUUUUGGAGCUGCACCUUUUAGUGCCAAGCAGAACAAAAAACAGAACCAAAGGCUUUCCAGUUCAGACAGUUCUGAUGUCUUCACUCAAGCACCAUUCCCAGGAAAGAGUGCAUCCAAAUCUAAAAAGAAAACAGUUUGUAAGCAAUCACAUCAUUUACAACAAGCACAAGCGAUGGUCGUUGCAAAUCCAACACCUCCAAUAUCACCAACUGAGGUUAACUUGUAUGGUGCUCAAGCACAACCACAAGAUCCAAGUGGUGCCAACAAAGAAGAUCUAUUUGGUAUUUCAUUCUCUGCUGAUAAAUCUGGAAAAGAAUUGAAGCAAGCACAUAAAGAAUCAGGACAUACUGGUGUCUCUAGAAGACUCCAUGUAGUAAGCACACCCAGUGGUAUCCGACACACUACCCCUACUGGAUACAGAAAACGUAGUGGUAGUGGUGCAUCUAGGUCUUCUAAAGGUAACAGACGACAUUCUUCUGACAGCUCCGAUUCUAGCAAAUCCAGUCCCUCUCAGCUGAGAUCACAAGAUGAAUUUCAACAUCAAUUAUUCAGCUGUUUAGCUGAAUCAAGGAAUCAAGAAUCCAAAUAUCAGGAAUGUGCAAUAAACCAAAGUUUUGAUGAUCAUUACAAGUCUUCGGGACAAACAUCUAAUCCUGCCACUGAUGAUGCAAGUUUUCAUAAUGAGUGGUUUGAGGAAAUUGAUCCGUUUGGUACAGCGCCAUUUGUACCUUGCCAAGAAAACAUUGCAACAUCCCAAAUGAUAACAAGUCAACCCAGUUUUAAUGCGACCAUAUCAAAUACACAUAUAGAGUCCUGGCCACUACAUCGUAGGCAUGCCAAAAAACGUAGUAGUCCUGGUGUUUCACGAGCAGCUUUCAAGAAAUCAUCUCCAAGAAAUCGACAACGUAGAACACUCCCACAAACACCCGAUACAGAACCUUUUGAUUUGAAAAAUAGAGGCCCUAUGCCAAGAAAAAAGUAAUUAACACAUUGGAGGCCACACAAAUUUACUCAAUACUUUUGGGACAUAUGGCACUACAUUAUGAUGUCAAUGUGUUUAUUGUUUGUCAGAGUUUGUAUGUACAAAAAUAACCAUGCACGGUCAGAAUUGACAAUGGCUGAUGUGUUCAUCAUGCAUCCUUACAAAGUAAGAUAAAGAGUUCAUUGAAUUUCUGUGUAAAUAACGAUGAUUCUAAUUACAAUUAAAUCUUGCAGGCUAAAGUAAUAAAAGUAUUAUAAGUUC